GCCCUUUCAUUUUGCUCCUCACUCUCUCAUACCCGCCUCAUCUGUUAAGUGCCAAGGCUUAAUCACAUUAUUGCAUUAUUGUGUCAUUACUAUCUUCUUCAAUUCUCUAGCUCUGCUACCAUGUCUUCUUCUUCUUCUUCUUCUUCUUCUUCUUCUUCUUCUUCUUUGUUGUCUACAUUUCUCCUCUUGGCCAUGGCUGCUCACUCAAGUGCAACGUGGUGUGUGUGCAAGGAAGGGGUGAGUGAGAGUAUGCUACAAAAGACACUGGACUAUGCAUGUGGGUACGGAGCGGACUGCGGCCCAACCCACCAGAAUGGGCCAUGUUUCCAGCCCAACACUGUCAAAGCCCAUUGCAGUUAUGCCGUCAAUAGCUUUUUCCAGAAGAAGGGCCAAGCCCCUGGCACCUGUGACUUCUCGGGCACUGCUACUGUAACCACUACUGACCCCAGUUCAAGUGGCUGUGCAUAUCCGACUAGUGCAAGUGGAGGCACACCUUCAACCACCAGCAACUCCCCAGCAGUCAUCACAACCACCGGAGAUUCAUUGGGAGGCGGCGUCAACAGCGGCGGCAUCAGCCAGCCGGACAUGAACAACGGCGGUGGCGGCCGGAGUUCACUGCUGCAGAGGAAUUCCCUUCUUGUCCCCUCCAUCACCAUGCUCUUGAUCUCAUCUGCAGCUUUAUGGAGGGCUUCUUGAUCAUUAUUUAAUUAUGAAAUUAAAUAAUCUAAUCUGUUCCCUUGGUUCUGCCAAAUGAUGCUGAUUUUAAGCUGUAUAUUAUUGUUGAACAACCCAUUUGGUUAUCAUCAUCAUCAUUAUUAUUAAUAUGAAGAGAACUAGUGUUUUGUUACAUUUGUUCAAUCUUACCUGCUACAUUUAUACAAGCUACCUUUCGGUU